AUGGACGCGUCCCAUAUACACGUGAUCGCGUUACUUGACAAGACCGACCUCGCUGGGCAUUUUAUCGUACUGAGCUACAUGUCGUUAUUUGAACCCACUGGACUUCUGGGGGGCGAACAAUCUGGAGGCUCUAAUUUUGUAUCUAAUGGACUCUUAUUUGAACCCACUGGACCUGGAGCAAGUGUUGGCUUGUCCUCGAACAACUACAUUGGCCAUCAUGUAUUUAUACGAGAUUUUUCUGGACACUCUUUCUCGCUUCCUAAAAGGAAAAAGCCAGCACGGACAACAUCAGCGAAUAUGAGAACCCCAAGGGACCUUGAGAACUUAUUAGAGACACCAACUCAUCGAAUGAUGGAACAGUUGUCUCUUUCUGCGGCCAACGAUGAAUCAAGAAGCCAGAAAGCGUCUGGAAAGAGUGGCACCAGCGAUGGUGGAGUAAAUCAUUCCAUGUGGGUAGACCGUUAUCGGCCCAAGUGCUUUACAGAUCUCUUAGGAGACGAGCGAGUACACCGGGAAACUAUGGCAUGGCUCAAAGAGUGGGAUCAGUGCGUCUUUGGUAGGCGGAAACGGCGCCCUCUGAGGCAGGAGGCGAAUGAAGGACCUCAAUACCAAGAUGAACACGGGCGACCCGAGAAAAAAUUCUCUUAUUAUCUGGCGGGCUAUGGGGUUGCUGAGAUCAACGCAAGCGACGCACGCACUGGUUCCAUCGUUGAUGAUAGGAUUAGACCUAUACUAGAAAGCGGAACCGCAAUGGGUAGUAACAAACCCGUCUUGAUGGUAAUAGACGAGGUAGAUGGCGCUACUGGUGAUAGUGCUAGCGGAUUUAUCAAUAAGCUUAUCCAACUCACUCUGGAUAAACCUAAAGCGAAGAAGGCCCGUGGAGACAAAGGCGGAAAAGAUUCCAGGCCAUUACUGCGUCCAAUUAUAUGUAUUUGUAACGAUCUUUAUGCGCCCUCCUUGGCCCGCCUCCGCCCUAUUGCAAGGGUCAUUCGCUUCCGAAAAGCACAGCCUGUCCUCCUCACUAAUCGCCUGCGUGAUAUCUGCACUGAAGAGAGCCUACGCGCUGAUACUCGCGCAUUGACCGCUCUGGUUACAGUCACGCAGGGAGAUAUGCGCGCGUGUAUCAACACACUUCAGUUAAUCAAAUCUCGCUCCGAUACAGUAUCUGAGAAUGAUAUUAAUCGAGCCACAGCCGGGAUGAAGGAAACCGAGAGCUCAGUCCAGUCUGUCUGGAACGACCUUUUUACUCCAGUCACCGCCAAAACACGCAAGCAUAUAUCUGGAGCGAGCGCUAUGGAGACUGACAAGUAUGUUUCGAGAUUAUCACGAGUGAUUGACAAUGCUGGGACAGACCGAGUGGCUGUUGCGUGCUUCGAGCACUAUACCACUCUGCGAAAGGGUAGGUCAUCCUGGGAUAGUCUGCUAGCCGCACAUGAAUGGUUCGGGUGGUACGAUACACUUUCGAUGACUAUCCGAACCGAACAAGAGUACGGACUUCUACCAUACCAACCGUAUGCUAUAACCGCAUUUCAUCAUUUGUUCGCCACGCUUGGGAAUCCCAAGUACGAACGAGUAAACAAUGAUUGGGAUCACUUUACUAGAACAAGAGUCAAUGAGGAGAUCAAGACCACUGUCUCCAACUCCCUCACUACCGGAGCUCGAGAUUCGGAUGCCGCAGCACAUUUGCAUAUGAUGUCUGGAAGCAAGGCAGUUCUCGAGUUUCUUCCACUGGUCAAUCGGAUUAUCAAUCCUCCCCUAAAACCUCUUAACAGCCAGAUUGUUAGGACUCAAGAGCGACUGAUUCUAAAACGCUUGGUGGAAAUCAUGGCUGCCCUGGAAUUGAGGUACAUCCAGGACAAGAACGAAGACGGUCAACCCAUCUAUAGGCUUGAACCUGCCAUUGACGUCUUUGUUACUUACGAUGGGAAGAAAGCGGCCGACAUGAAUCCUUCCAGGUUCGCAGUACGGCAGAUGGUGGCUGAAGAGCUUGAUGCUCUGAUCGAUAGGCGCCGUCACGAUGCCACGACAGUAACUAGCGCAGCGAAUGGCCUGAACUUCGGGUCACGGAAGCCAAAAGCCACCAGCGCCACAGAUCAGGAUGCAAAUGAAGCAGCUCAGACCAUCAAGGAAAAGAAGACCCCUCUUGGGGAAAAGCAACCUCUCGACUUCUUCGGCCGUCCAAUAGUUCCUAAAGAUAAACCUUCAGCUACUUCCGGAUCCCGAAAACCUUCGUCAACCAUAGUCCUUCGUGGCAAGGCGCAUCUGCCCAGAAUGAAUAUCAUGGAAACGUUGUUCGGGCGGAGCGUGACGCCCGCCGAACGGCUAAGGCAGCACCAACGCGCACUGGCCAAAGCUCAGCGUGAAUUGGACAGGGAACGCACGAAACUAGAGCAGCAGGAAAAGAAACUAAUUAUGGAUAUAAAGAAGAGCGCAAAAGCUGGUCAAAUGAACGCCGCAAAAAUAAUGGCCAAAGACCUUGCUAUGGCGAGUAUGAACCGAGGUCUCAACCUCCCGCAAAUUCAACGAAUCAUGACAGAAUUCGAAAAAGAAAGUGCCACGAUGGAUAUGAAAGAGGAAAUGAUGAGCGAUGCUGUGGAUGAUGUGAUGGAUGAUGAACUCGAAGACGAGGAGGAAGAAGGAGACAAGAUCCUGAAUCAAGUCCUUGAUGAGAUAGGAGUUGGGCUACAACAAGACCUUCAGCUGCCUCCCACCGCACUGGGAACCACUGCUAGCCAACUACCCAACCAGCGCCAGAUGGUUGCGAUCGGUGAAGGUGCUGACGGUCCUGAUUCACACAAACCUCCCACAUCAGGCGAAGGCGGCCCUGGAAAUUCGGACGAAGACGCGCUUCAAGCACGGUUGGAUGCACUCAAGAAAGGAUUCUAA